UUCAAAAAACAUUACAGUUUUAUGAACUACAGGUGUUGUUACUACCAUAUAAACUAUAGUUAAUCAAAUUAAUAUAGUGAUUAUCAAGCCACUUUUCACCACCCGUUAUCAUAGCCCCAAUCCCAUGGGAAACACCAUAUGAGUGGGCAAUGGAGCUAAACCUAACAUUCCGUUCCCUUUCAGUACUACUGUUGCUAUCAUUUGGUUUCGGAUCGGUAUUUGGCUAUCAGUUGAAAACAUAUCGUUUAAAAUACUUGAGACGUAAGCGGGAUCGUUUUGCCCGCAAACUAUUUGAUACGGAGCUCGAAAUAAAGCAACACCUACAAGUCUAACCCAUACUACCCGUCCCCUACCUGUCCCUAAACCCCCUGUUAAUAGUAUAUUAAUUUCUUCCUACACACUAAUAUUCACCGGACUUUUGGACCCUUUGUAUACAAGCGAUGCUGAUUGUAGUGCAUGGAGGCGCUGCUAAGUCAGAGGCCCAAUACGUUCCCCUUAAAAUAGCCGGUGUUAAACAGGCUGUCCGGGAGGGCUACCAGUGCCUCCUGGAUGGGGGCAGUGCUUUGGAUGCCGUGGAGAGGGCUGUCAGGUGUAUGGAAAACGACCCGAUCAUGAAUUGCGGCUACGGCUCAUCCCUGACCAGCGCCGGUACCGUCGAGUGCGACGCCAUCGUAAUGGACGGCCGGACACUGAAUGCCGGCGCCGUAGCCGGCGUUCAGCGCAUACGACACCCCAUAUCCCUGGCCAGGGCUGUCAUGGAUAAGACGGAGCACUGCCUACUGAUAGCUACCGGCGCUGAGGACUUUGCGCGAGAAGUGGGCAUUGAGUUGGUG